UAAGAAGUGGGAGGUGUUGUACUUGGUCUUGUUACACCAGUCUGAUGUUUCUUAGCAGAACAAUUUGGACACCACCAAAAUUCCAAGCUUUUCUUCAGAAAUCUGUACACUGCACCAAAAAUGGCUAUGCAAGAAAAGACGCUCAAUCUGAGAAAAGACCAUUCAGAGCCAAGCUAAGACUGGAUCCACAGAAUGGUUCUGAAAGAAGCAUCGGCUUACCUGGGUGUGUGGCUUCUCUGUACCUUGAUUCCACCUUUGCUCACAGAUGAAGCUGUCAUUCUGCCAGCCCCUCCAGACCUUUCAGUACAUUCUACUAACAUGAAGCAUAUCUUGACUUGGAGUCCAGUGAUUGUCCCUGGAGAAACAGUAAAUUAUUCAGUUGAGUACCAGGGAGAAUAUGAAAGAUAUUAUACUAGCUCCCACUGGAUCCCCAGUAGUUGGUGUUCUUCCAUUAGCACCCCGGAAUGCAAUGUGACAGAUGACAUUACGGCCACUGUGGCUUAUAACUUUCGGGUCAAGGCAAUAUUGGGCACUCAAAGUUCAGCCUGGAGCACUCUGAAAGAGCUUUUCAAUCGCAACUCCACUGUCCUCACCUCUCCCAGAAUGAAAAUUAUCAAGGAUGGCUAUCAUUUAAUAGUGGAAUUUGAGGACAUGGGGCCAUAUUUUGAAUUCAAUGUUACUUAUUGGAAGAAGAGCCCCAAUUCUCAGGAACUCUACAAGAUUGUGAGGGAAGGUGGCAGUCUGGAACAUCUGGUGACUAUGGAGGCGGGAGCUGAGUACUGUGUGAAAGCCCAGACUGUUGUGGAAAUUAUUGAGAGAAGCAGUGCCUUUAACCAAGUUGAAUGCAUCAGAGCACAAGAUGAAUCCCAUCUGCUGGCUCUGGUCCUGUUCUCCUCUACGGGUUUAAUACUGCUUGUAGUGGGUCUGCCUCUAUUCAUCUGGAAAAUGAGCCAGUUGCUGCGGUAUUCUUGCUGUCCUGUUGUUGUCCUUCCAGAUACACUGAAAAUAACAGAUUCACCUCAGAAGUUAAUAAGCUGUAAAAAGGAAGACAUUGAAACCUGUGACACAGUUGUACGGGUGAUGUACUCUGAAGAGCUCUUUCGUUCAUGGAUACAAGAGACUUUAUAGAAAACUCUGGCUUUCUUGAUACACUUCAUCAGGAUACAGAGUAGCUGGACAUCAGGAGCAAUCAGAGAAGACAGUUUCACUCUCAAGAAAGGAAAUCAGAAAACUCAGGAUAUAACUUGUGAUCUAUUUGCUCGGAGUUAGCUGUUUGGCAGAAAUACUUCAGGAAGACUUUUACCAGUGAUAUGUUGGUAUCAUGGAAGAUUCAUUGGGCUAGACAUUGGAAAGUCUAGGCUCUAGCCUUGGUUCUGCUGCUAAAAGACUAUAUGAGUAUGGGAAAGUCAUUUUCAUUCUCUGGACCUCCAUUUUCUAUAAAAUUAUAAAAUGAUGCAGUUGGAGUAUAUGACCAUUUGAUUUUAUGAAGCAGGAUUCUGAUAUAGUAUUAGCUGACAUUCAUGCUAGCCAAGCAAAAAUUGGCAAAAUUUUAUUUUACUUAACUACCUUCAUAAAUGCUUUUACCAUCAAUCCUGGAGAGUUGGUAUCUCCUACCUUCCACUAAUACAGAAGCUGCUUGAAUAAUAGCUAUGGAUAUAUUGACAAUCCAUUUGGUCUUCUCAGGUAUUGAAAUGUAUUGUUCACAAUUUAUUAAUUUCCAGUCAUUUGGCAUUAUUUUUAAAAUUUCUUUUCAUUGAAAAGGGAAUGGAUUGCCACUAUUAUAGAUACAUAAAGACUGAAAGAACUAUUUGAGAAGGAUCUUUUUGAAAUGAAAUGUAGUGAGGUCUUGGAGCAGGUCCUAGCAAGGAUGAACUUUAGGAAAAGUAAAGGAUCAAAUAGUUCAGAAUGGUAGCUUAUAUUCUUAUUCUUCCAUUUUAGUCACAAGUGUGUCUUUCUGAUCAGAUUGUAAGCUCUACAAGAGGAGAAAUCACAUCUUGUUUACAUUUUUAUAUCUUUCAACAUGUGCAUCCAGAAUGUGCUUAAUAAAUAUUUUUGGAUGGAUGAAAGUCUGAAUUAUUUCCCUUCUUAAUGUUUACUUGCAUUAUAUUUUUUCUUCUUUGAACAACUUAUAUUAGGUAGUUUUAUUUAUCUAUUCAUUUUCAUAGCACUUCAGCAUGGAGAAUCUCCAACACACCAGCAAACUUGCAUUUAAUAGUUCUGAAGCCCUGGAUACUUAAUAAUGACUUGAAUUAUUUACCUCUCGCUCUGCUAUGCAGACCAAUUUGUAAACAGUUUGAUGUUACUGAAAUUAGGGAGUUUUUGCUAUGUUGAAUUGUAAAAUUUGUCAGUAAGUGUAGUAGGAGGCAGAGAUUAGGUUAGAUCACAAUUGGGAAAUUUUGUGGCACUUUCUCCUAAGGAUACCAAACUGCUUGCAACCACAAAACCUCUCAUCUCUUCUAACACUACUAUUCUUCUGGUGAUGUUAUGUUGCUGAGGCUCACAGAAUAUCACAAUUGUGAAAGAAUGAUAUUUAAAGUAGCCCAGCAGGUAAUGAAGAAAAAACCCUACCUAGUUACAUAUGCAAGUAGAUGUAUGCAGGUUGCAACAUAUCAGUAAUAGUUCAGGGCUUGCAUGUGAAAAGAAGUGUAAAUUUCAUCACUGAGGACUAGAAUCAAAAAUAUGACUUUAAAUUCAGAAUGAAAGCCAAUAUAUUGACAGCCUGAGUACCAUGUUGGUAUUCAAGAGAUAAUAAGAGAAAUAGAUAAAGGACUACUCUGUAUGGGGUAGACUCUCCUAAUGAAAGAUUUGUGGAAAGACAUAGAUUAACAAUUACACAGAAUGAGGAGUGGAGGGAUUGAAAUCUGUGUAACUGGAAAGAAUAAACACAUUGGUGAAAUCAGGUAUCUGUAUAAUUAUUAAAAUGGAA